UUUGCUGUUUCAUAGUCCCUCGUACUUGUCCCCACAUGUAUUUGUUUAACAUAUUUAGCGACUUAUUAACAAAUGUUUUUGAGCAUGUUCUAGGCACUGGAGAUGCUGUGAUGAUCAACACAGCCUGUCCUCAUUUGGGGGACACAGACAAGCAAAUAUAUUCAGUAAUUAAAGAAGGGCCACAAAGACCAAAAGAGACCCACGGGGGUCCUCAGACAUCUGUGUGAGAUAGGUACUGCCGGAAGAAAUACUGAAGGGGUGAAUAUAUUUAACCAACAUCUCGUGAGUGCCUCUCUUUGGCCAGGGUCUCUGUUAGGAACUGAGAGACACACCUGUGACCUGGACAGAAGUCCUGCCCUCGUGGUGCUGGCAGCCUAGCGGGGCAAACACACGAAACACACAGGGAAACCCUGGGUGCCUUCAAUAUGAAAAUACUUUGAAAAUAAAGUGAUGAGAUAGCGAUGCAGUGGAGGGAAGAGUAUAUAGAAAGUAUAAAGAGAAAUUUUAGCUGGGACUUGAGUGACGGAGAAGGCAAUGCGAGGAUUUGGAGAAGGACCUUGGGAACAGUGUGCCGCGCGCUGCCCCCGAGGGCCCUGCCCCGCACCGUGACCCCAGAGAUGCGCGCUCUAGUGGUGGACUGGCUGGUCCAAGUGCAUGAGUACCUGGGUUUGGCGGGAGACACGCUUUACCUGGCUGUACACCUGCUCGAUUCCUACCUGUGCGCGGGCCGAGUGCGUCUACACCGCCUUCAGCUGCUGGGCGUGGCCUGCUUGUUCGUGGCGUGUAAAAUGGAAGAGUGCGUGCUUCCCGAGCCCACCUCCCUCUGCCUCCUGAGCGCCGGCUCCUUCUCACCGGCUGAACUGCUGCGCGCCGAGCGCCGCAUCCUGAGCCGCUUGGAUUUCCGGCUGCACCACCCGGGCCCGCUGCUGUGCCUCGGGCUGCUUGCUGCGCUGGCGGGGAGCAGCCCCCAGGUGAUGCUACUUGCCACCUACUUCCUGGAGCUGUCUUUGCUAGAGGCAGAGGCCGCGGGAUGGGAGCCGGGUCGUCGCGCCGCUGCAGCUCUGAGCCUGGCUCACCGCGUGCUCAACGGUGCGGGCUCGAGGCCUGAGCCGGCGCUUUACAGCCCCGCGGAGCUGGGCCCUCUCGAACCGUGCAUGUCCCGAGCCGCGCUCCGAGGCCCCGCGCCGGGCCGAGCCGCCGUCUUCCUCAAGUACGCGCGACCCCAGCGCCAGGGCACCAGCCUGGCCGCCGCGCGCCUGCUCCGCCGCCCCCAGCCUGGGCCUCCCUGAGCACCGAGACCCAGUGAAAAAAAAAAAAAAAGAAAAACACCUCUUGGUGUGCGUCUGUCUCCCACUUCAAUAAAAUUUCUUUUAUUCUGAGCGCUCUCUACCCUCAUUGGUCAAAUUCCCGCUCCCCUCUCUCUUUUGAUUGGUCGCUUCCUAGGCCUCUCAUCCCUCUGAUUGGAUGUUCUCACUAACUUUCUUAAUAUUGCUGAAGAUGAGACGCAAAUUCUCAACUCGUCCGCGAGGGGCCGCUGUCGGACUUCCCCAAGCGCCACUCGGGAUAAAACUGGGCUCCCGUCAGGACUGGGAAGAAAUUUCGAGGGAUGGGGACUGUGGGCAACUGAGAAUGCCCACCCCAGUCAUGAGAAAUCCUACCUUGAUGUCGCCAGGUUUUCAAAUCUUAUUCAACAGAAGCUGAAAACCUGCAAUGUUAUAAAUAUCUCUGCGUUUAUACGUUGUCAACUAAUUCAGUAUUUUUAAGUGGUCGUACAAGUCCGACACAUCACACAUGCCGGCCUGCGAAGAACAUCAGUUUGUGAUAGUAAGAGUCCUUGACAGUAAAAGUUCAAUAAAUGAGAAGUGAUUUACUUCUGAAA